AUGAGCAACGAGAGUUUUGUGACCGCCGAACUCUGCAGUAACAAGUCUAACAGUGAACGGCGUAUCGGUUGCUGCGAACGAGGCUACAAACAGGUCAGAAGCGGCUGCGAACGAGGCUACGAACAAGUACUUAAAAGCUACGAUCGCCUCAGGUACGGCUGCGAACGGGCCAGGGCGGGCUUCGAACGGGUCAGAAGCGACUUAUGGGUUUCUUUUGUAAAUGUGUAUAUGCGAAUUUAUGAUGAGUGUUCCUUCAUGAUGGAUGAAUUGAUUGCAUGGGGUCACAUAGAAAUUCCGCCGCAAGUUUUUCAAAAGGGAGAGACGCACGAAGAUUGGUAUAUGCUUAGUGGAAAACAGGGAGAAAAUCAGGAAGGCAUGAUCAAUUUAGUUUUUAGUUACACGAAUAAGUGUUACCCAUACAUGAGUUCCUCGAUAAUGAUGGUUCCUUCUGCAACGCCGAUGUUCGGCGUGCCGUAUGCCCCGCUAAAUGUUUAUAUACCACCUCCAGCUGUUGCUACACCAACAGUUGCACCAAGUUCUUUGCCAAAUGCUGAGAUCGAAUUGAAGCAGAUUGCAGAAAUGUUUCCAAACAUUGACAAAAAAGUUAUCGAAUCGGUAUAUGAUGCUAAUCAUGGUAAAAAAGAUGUUACAAUUAGUUCGUUGCUUCAAAUGUGUGAAUAA